AUGGGCCCUCGGUGGUUUGUGUCUCUGGUUGUACUGCUUGUGAUCGGCCACCAAGAGGCGCUGGGGCAGGACGGCAGGGUGAAGCUCUGUGGCCGGGAGUUCAUCCGCAUGGUGGUCACUUCCUGUGGAAGCUCCCGUCUGAGGCGUUCGGCUGCGGAGGCUCAGCUGCAGAACGCCGGCCCCUACGGGGACAUGCUGGAGUGGCUGAACAGUGACGAGUUUGACCAGCUGAAAGGCCCUGAAAACCAGGACUCCACAGCCCCAGAGGGGGUGGCGAACACCCUCCCAUCUGAGGAUCACGCCAGCUUCAGGUCAGAGGUGACAGAAGAAAAUGCCAGCGGAGCCGGGACAUCUAGUGCCCCAGAAACUCACGCAAACUGGUCUCGAACCCGUCGCAAUGCGGGACCUGCAGGGGUGUGCUGUCGGUCAGGGUGCACCAUGAGUGAGCUGGUGCAAUACUGCUAG